UGCCAGAAAGCUUUUGAUAGUAUUAAAGAGUAUCUGUCUGAGCCUCCGAUUCUGUCUCCGCCCGUGGAAGGGAGACCAUUGAUCAUGUAUCUGACUGUUCUUGAAGAUUCUAUGGGUUGUGUCCUUGGCCAGCAAGAUGAAUCAGGGAAGAAAGAGUGUGCUAUCUACUACUUGAGUAAGAAGUUCACCGAUUGUGAGUCUCGAUAUUCAAUGCUUGAGAAGACAUGUUGUGCUUUGGCUUGGGCCGCUAAGCGCUUACGUCAGUAUAUGUUGAAUCAUACCACUUGGUUGAUAUCCAGAAUGGACCCAAUCAAGUAUAUAUUUGAGAAGCCUGCUUUAACUGGAAGGAUUGCCCGUUGGCAGAUGUUGUUGUCUGAGUAUGAUAUUGAGUAUCGAGCUCAGAAAGCUAUUAAAGGUAGUAUUUUGGCUGACCACUUGGCACAUCAACCAAUUGAGGACUAUCAGUCAGUUCAGUAUGACUUCCCAGAUGAGGAGAUUCUGUAUUUAAAAAUGAAAGAUUGUGAUGAACCCACACUUGAUGAAGGGCCAGAGCCUGGUUCCAGAUGGAGUAUGGUAUUUGAUGGCGCUGUAAAUCAAUAUGGAAAUGGUAUUGGGGCGGUAAUCAUUACGCCUCAGGGCACACAUAUUCCUUUUACAGCAAGGCUAACUUUCAAGUGCACGAAUAAUAUGGCUGAGUAUGAGGCCUGUAUUAUGGGAUUGGAGGAAUGCAUUGAUCUUAGAAUCAAGCAUCUUGAUGUAUAUGGUGAUUCAGCCCUCGUUGUUAAUCAGAUUAAGGGUGAGUGGGAAACGAAUCAUCCUGGCCUCAUUCCAUAUAGAGAUUAUGCGAGGAGGAUUUCAACGUUCUUUACUGAGGUUGACUUCCAUCAUAUUUCUCGAGAUGAGAAUCGGAUGGCAGAUGCCCUUGCUACACUUGCUUCAAUGAUUGUGGUCAGACUUUGGAAUGAAGUUCCCAAUAUUACCGUGAUGCGCUUGGAUAGGCCAGCUCAUGUGUUUGUGGUAGAGGAAGUAAAAGAUGACAAACCAUGGUAUUAUGAUAUCAAGCGUUUCCUUCAGAGCCAGAUUUACCCGCCUGGGGCAUCCGUAAAAGAUAGGAAGACUCUGAGGAGAUUCUCAGGAAGUUUUUACCUCAAUGGUGAUGUACUCUACAAGAGAAAUUUUGACAUGGUUCUGCUCAGAUGCGUGGAUAGACACGAAAAAACAAAUGUCAAACUUGCAUGCUUGAGUGUUGAACUUGAUCCUCUUUCUCUUAAUUCUUCUACCUCCACCUCUGAUGUUGAGGGAUAA